GUCAAGUUCGCAUAAUUAUCUUGUACUGCUUUCUUUUUUACUUGAUUGAUUAAAUAUGGUCCAUAUUCAAUAUCACGUUGUGUAUUACAAGCUAUUUAAAAAGGAGGAAUAUUGGUUUUACAAUGUGUAUUAUGCAAAGGAGUGUUGGUCAGCGAGCGGUUGAUGUCAAUAGUGUAGUAGACACAACUACGCGGUAGUUAUACGUGUACCUUUUCGUCACAGAGUUAUAGACGCUAUAACUCUGUGGUGGCAGCAAACAUAAUUAUGUAUUCAAGAUGGCUUAGUAAUCUAUUUCACUCUGAGGUUGUAAAAUCUUACUACUCAUUCAAGCCUCCAGAGAAAAAAGAAUAAAGAAUUAUAAACAAAUAGCUUAGAGUUAGAGAACCGAACUGUCAUCUUUGGUAUUUAUCCUUCGCUUGCUCGUCCCCAUUUUACUCAUUUUGUUGACCAUGGACGCACACGAGGAGGCAGAGCAAGAACUCGCCGCAAUACAGCAGCAGCAGCAGCAGCAUGGCGGCGACAAGGACUCUAGAGUUGCACAAACAUGUGGUGAGGAGAAUAAAGACUCACCCUUUGAUGUCUUCUUACGAGAAAGUCAUCGCGUGUUGCAAAGUAUAUUAGCGUCAGAAGAAAAUAAGAAUGAGAAACCAGACAUCCACGUCACCACGGACCAAAAGCCCGACAGAGACGACACGAACGAUGCGGACGACGAAGCUAUAACAGUGACGCUGCCCUCCAACGCGGAAAUCGAGCUCCUGGGCCGCCAGGUGCGGUUCAAGCACCUCACUGUGCUCGUCAAUAACAUUAACUACUGCGCCUCAGGCUCAGAGAUCAUUCAUAUUUUCAAAGAGUUCGGCUUCCUAAGGAAUGUUCACAUGCCCUGCCAUCGUCCAAACCAGCCGGAGAGUCAUCGUGGCUUCGUCUUGUUGACGUUCGUCACCGCGCACGAAGUUAGCGCUGCGCUGCGGGGCUGCCGCGCACGAUUGGAUGAAGCCGGGCAUGGUGGCGCGCGUGUCUGGCGGCUGGCAGAUUACCGCACGUACCACAAGUACUGCGAGGGUUUAGACGUGGCAGCCGUGAUGACCUGCCGCGGUCAGGCAGCCAGCGGUCGAGUGGAGAAACAGAAGCCUGUUGCUGCCCGUGUGGUGCAGGGCCGCAUAAAGAAGAGGAAAUCUCCCUUCAUCCACCGGACUACAGGAUGCUACGCCAGGAGCAACAUCAAUCAUCAACGCACGUCACGAGAAGACAUCCGUCCAGAGGAGGACGUGCGGAGCUACCUCUGGCGAAGGCUUCAAAGGCCUCAACACUCUCGCAAGAGAAAGAAAAGUAAGAAAGGCAGUUAACUUUUGGAUAUAAUAGUACACAGUUUGUUGUAGAGGAUCGCCUACUGUCUACUGAGAAGGGAGGCCCAGGGGUUUCGAGACAGUCCACUUAGCCUAGUUCAUAAAUCAACCUAACAUUUGCUGAAUAUGACGGUUCUUAUUUUAAGGAAAAUAUAAUGAUUGUCAAAUGAGACAGUGUAAUAGGAAAUCCCAAUUUUAGUUGAUUAACAUAUCAUAUACCAUUUCUGUUGAGGAGAACUAUGCCACUGAUUUCAAAAAGGACCUUCCCAUGUUUAGUUAAUAGGACCUACCCAUGUUUUUCUUCAACAGGAUACCUACAUGUUUGUUAGUGUUGAUAAAGUACAUUAGCCCACUGCUUGUUUGAAAGGGUAUUGUCAUGUAAAUCAAAUAGAACAAUCAUAUCAUAUAUUAGUUGCAUGAAAUGGCAUUGUCAUAUGUACUGAACUUAACAAUCAGACUGACUGGAUGUUGAGUACGGGAGCCCAGCAUUAGCUAAAAAAGCCAGCCAUUGCUUGUUGAUUACAGUCUCAUGUUAGAUGAAUAGGACACCCGACAUGUUAGUCAAUUUUUAUUUUAA